AUGGUGGUCGCAGAACACACCUCCCCUUCAGCAUCAAACCUGCGGGAACGGGUGUCUAGCGACCUUUUAUUGAGCCCGUUCUUGCCGCUCAGUCCGCUUCCCGGGCCUUGCUCAUGCAACAAGACCGUGCUCUGCUCUCUGUGUAAAGACGAAUUAAUCAACACGCAUGCAUAUCCCAUACAUGUCCACAUACAGCCUUCUCUUCUGGCCCAAGAAUCGCCCAUCCAAAACUACAAUGGACUAGUGAACCUUGCCAUUUUGAUGCUAGUUGUCAGCACUUCUGUCUCUGCAUUGGAAAAUUUCCGCACUUAUGGGCUUCUCUUCAUUGCCAUUCCUGGCCAUAGCGUUCCGAUUUCCGAUUUUGGAUACCUUGCAUUUUUUGGCCUCUUUUAUUCGCCAAUUGCAAUUUUGGUUGCCUAUUCUCUUGAAUUGGUUCCAAAGUUUACUCUUUUGAAGGCGGCAAAUAUUUGUCUCCUUUUCGCCCUAUCUGCGUUUCUCACGUGGGAGAAAGUCGAGCAUGUAAUCCCAGGAAUGCUUCUGCUGUGUUCAUCGAUUAUUCUUGUCAUGAAGCUGAUUUCAUUCCACCUGGUGCUGAUGGAUUUGAAAUCAAUCGGGGCCAUGCGAGCUGCAAGGGGAAAUCCAGCAAAUGGAGUAGCUUUGACAUCUUCCAAAGAGCUUGUGGAUGGCUCUUCCGGCGCUUUAGAUGUCCCAUCCAGCUCUACGGAAGAGAAUCCGCAGGUAUCCAUUCUGCAUAUGUUCUACUUUUGGGCUGCACCGACCUUGUGCUUCCAGCUGCAGUAUCCCAGGAGCGAGGCCUUUAGAUGGCGAUACUUUAUGACCAGGCUCUUUGAGCUGUUCUCGUGCAUCACGAUGAUUUACAUUCUUAUCGAACAAUACGCCGUCCCGACCGUUGUAAACUCCACUGAUUAUUUGGUGCAGCUCGACUUUAUUCUCAUCAUCGAGCGGCUAUUGCUUCUCUCCGUAUCCAACAUCUGCAUUUGGCUUUUGUUUUUCUAUGCCUUUUUCCACUCGUUUUUGAAUUGCAUUUCGGAGGUGAUUGGAUUUGGCGAUAGGGUUUUCUACUUGCCCUGGUGGAAUUCCUGCUCCAUAGAUGAGUAUUGGAGAUUGUGGAACCAGCCGGUGCACAUGUGGAUGAAACGCCACAUCUAUCUGCCCUUACGACGACGCGGGAUUUCGCCCUCAAUCUCCGUGUUGGCAAUAUUUGGAUUAUCAGGGCUGCUUCAUGAAAUUGCCAUCGGCAUUCCCACCCAUGUGCUGCAGUUCUGGGCCUUCCUUGUGUUUCUCCUGCAAGUGCCAUUGAUAUACACGGUCAAGUAUAUUCUGAUGAAAAAACCUGAAUGGCGGGCAUUUGGAAACUUUUUUUUUUGGGUGUCCUUUUGUGUAGUGGGACAACCCAUGUUUGAAAUGAACAUGGGCGGCCUUGACCAGACCAAGGCGCUAAUAAAGCAGUUCCGCGAGCGCACCGCUGCAGAAUCAGUAGACCAUAUGAUUUCAAACAACGACGAGCGACCUACAACAUAUGCCGCCAUUCAAAAGGUGACGUCGCUUAGGGCUGCAGAACAUUGGCGAAACAUCCUUCUCAGAGAAGUCUCUCGAUCAAUCACACGCAUACAAAGCAGGAAUGUUGGAUCGGACCACCAGAUCAAGACGCUUAACGAUUCGAUCAACAAUCUUGUGCGUGAAAAGAACCAUUGGGAUAAUAGAAUCCGGCAGCUUGGCGGGAAGGUAACCGAUAGGCGCUCGAACCUGACCUCGGUGUCCACUCUUCCUGGCGUUCUUAUUGAUAACACUGGAAAGCCAAUUCCCGUUUCCGGCCCUUCUUCUUCCGCCGCUUUCCAUUACAAGUACGCCUUUUUGUCUGAUUAUCGCAUAGAUAUUAUGGACGAGCUGCGCAGCUGCCAGGCGUGUCUGACAGACUGA